AUGCACAACGACCAUAAUAGCAGCAAUAUCCCACCUAACUCCAUGCCUCCUCCCAAUGGCAAUAACACCGAUUUCUCCAGGCAGCAGACCCUGAUGCAGUUUCUGCGCCUCCCGGACAGCUACGGAAAAUCCCACUCCUUCCUCGAAUUCCCCGAGGAUUUGCAAAGGACUCUGCGAGCUCUAGCUCCGUGGCAGCUGGCCCUGCUGGGAUUUAAGGCAUCGUUGUCGCUACUAUGGAACGAGCGGGCUUUGCAGCAACAUCAAGCAGAUGCCAUGUUGAGGCUACUCCCACCGCAUCUGCGGGAGCUGGCGGAGGACCUGUGUUUCUCUCAACCGGAGGAGCUUCCGAAGGCGCAAGAGGUGGACUUUCCGAUGGAUGCUUGGUGUUGGCUAUUCCGACAGGAUCCAUUUAAACCGCGACAACACAAUGUGCCUUCGGGGCCAGUUCCGUCGGCGCAGUCGGUAACGGUACCCACAGAGCAGCCAGAAGUUGCGGAUGAACAAGCCCAACCAGACUAUCCUUCAAAGCGACCUCGCCGAGAGAGAUAG